AUUCUGGCUAGCUAACGUCAUAUACAUAAUACAAUAUACAUAGUCCUAUCGAUCAUUUAUAUUUUGUAACUUUUUGCUCGAUAAAAGAGCAAACACACCCUUUCCGACGUUAUCUACAUUGCACGACCCCGAACCAUGAGCAGCGAAGAUUCCAUAGACAUCCGCGCCAAGGGUGGCGGUCGCGAAGUCACCGUCUCGCUGCGGCAGAACGAACUGAUUCGGAAUCUGCGCGCCCUGGUGGCCGUGCGCUUCGAACGGGCUAUAUCUCGGAUUGUACUUGUCUUCGCUGGUCAGGUGCUCAGUGAUGAUGGGACCAUAGACAGCAAGGGAAUCGUCUCUGGAGUCACUGUACACGUGGUUUGUCGUGCGGAAGGUAGCGUCUGUGCAUCACCGACGGCGAACCCACUCCCUAAGCCCCUGAAAUAUGGAGAACGUCUUAUGAGGUCCUGGAAAUCAGCCAACAUUGCCUACCUUCACGACGAGCCCGGAGUGCUGCGAAGCCUGCUGCAGUCUGACCCGCGGAUCCGGAGCCUUCUCGAGGAGAACGCGACAAUGCGCCACUACCUAAACAGCGACCAGAACCUGCGCGAGAUGCUUUCGUUGGCUUUUAGUCCAGCCAAGCAGGAAUUGGGACGCCGCCGCGACCUCCACAUUUCGCGCAUGGAGUUUGUUCCCGGCGGCUAUAAGGUGCUGAGCCGCCUAAACUAUUGCAUGCUGCAGGCCUACGAGGACAACGUGGCCAUGUCCUUUCAGCAAGCAUCACAAGGUGACGAAAAGGGCGCGAAUCCCCAACGAGGUCGCGAAGUUAAGGACCCGCUACCAAACCCUUGGCGGCGAUCGUCCAGCACCUCCGACCUAAGGCGAAUGGGCGUUCUGGCCAGAUGCAUCCUCGCCGGACGGGUCUCCGUGGCCCAAAAUGAGUAUACUAAGGGCAACCAGGAAAGCCUCUCGACGGAGGAUCUAGCUUAUGAUGCAGUAGAAACUGUACCCCAGAUGACAUGCGGUGACUUUCUUUCGCGAAAACAGGGUCGAUUCCAGCACUACUUUCAGGCCCAGUUGGAUCAGCUCGCUCAGAUGGGUUACAGAAACCGCAGUCGGAACAAACGCGCCUUGCUGAUCUCUCUGGGCAACGUUGAUAGCGCAGUCAGACUACUGGAUCACUGGGAUCGGUCUAUGGAAAAAUAAGUUCUAUUCGAAAUACUUUUGUUAUUUUUUGUUUUUGGUCGAAAGUCGGUGACUUUGCAUCCCAAUUAAAUGUGCAGAAAAAACGA